GAACCCCAGGGCCAUUCAGACGUCACCCCGCACGCCACGCACAAGCGACGACCCCUUCCUCCUCUUCCGCCCUAGGGUUCCGGCCAUGGCGCACGGCGGCCAGCCCCGCCGCGCCCCGGCCGCACGCCGCCCCAAGCCUUCGGCGUCUGCCCCCGCCCCCGACCGGAAGCGGAAGCGCGCCGCCACCUUCAAGACCGCUACGCUCAAGAACCAGAUCCGCUCCACCGAGCGCCUCCUCCGCAAGGACCUUCCUAAUGACAUGAGGGUGGCUCAAGAGAAGAAAUUGGAAGAACUAAAGAAACGGCAAGAGAAUCAGACUCAAGAGGCCAUGCAACGAACAAUACAGUUGAGGGAUAGAAAGAUAAAGUUUUUUGAGAGGCGAAAGAUUGAGAGGAUGAUAAGGCGUCUUGACAAACAGCAACGGUUAAAUGCUGAUGAGGCCAGCAACAAGCUGGCAACAUUGCGAGAAGAUCUUGAAUAUGUUAGAUUUUUCCCAAAGGAAGAAAAAUAUUUCCCUUUAUUCACCGGGGGUAAUACCCCAGAUAUUGUGGAGAAAAGGAAUACAUGGCGUAAACAGAUCAAGGAGAAUCUCAUCGCUGCUGCAGCAAAUGGAAAGGACUUAGAAGAGACAGCCAGUGACGAUGACACCUUGGAUGUGAGUGAAGAUGACUUCUUUAUGUCUGGAAGUUCAAGUGAUGAAGAGGCAGAUGAUGAGCUUACCGAUAAAAGUACAAAAGAACCUGGUGCUUCAGGUAGGGCAGCGUCUGGUAUGUCGAGUGAUGAAAAGAACCAGCGGCAGAGAGAUGCUCGAGUGCUUAUGCCACCACCUCGCUCAUUACCACCUAAUAGAGCUAGAUCUGCGGAUAAACGUGCGGUGUCCAGCUCUGGCAAUGCUUCGACCAGCACAAGUGGUAACUCGUUCAAAAAUAGAAGAGCAUCAAAUCUUUCUGGAGAUCACAACAGCACUCUGAGUUCAAAUUCUGAUGCUCAUAAGCCACGCCGCAAAAGGAGACCGAAGAAGAAGAAGCAGGCAUGAAUGAAUAUUCCGAUCCUCUAGAAGAGCAGAAACUAAGAUGUGUUCCAUCCCAAAGCGCGGCUUCAUUCAUGGCUCGUCGAUUCGAAAAGGGAGAAAGAAACCCAGCCAGCAAGUGUGCCUGAGCAAGCAGUUGAUUUUGUACGCUCGCUCUCUCUGAUGUAAAAUGAACCCUCCUGUUGCUCCCGUCCAUUUGUCUUUCAGAAACAGAAGAACUAACCGUCGUAAAACACCGACCGACAUUGCUCGUUCUUAUCCCUGACUA